AUGGUAGCUACAGUAGCCGACCCUGAGAGCUCGCGGAUUCCGCCACCGCUAAUAGAUAUUCUUCGUGCGGCGUCUUCUGCUAUGAAACCAGGGGUGCCUGUUAUUUUGCGAGAGCUAGAGCCAUCCUCAGAAAUGUUCAAGCAAGGGACAUCCCUUCGAGUCACAGGAAAUCUUCAGUCACAUGAUGUGGACUCUGCAGUUGUUGUCAUUCAAGACGGCAGCGUGAGCUUGAAGGUUGACACUCGGCAUCUGAGGGACAUCAGUUUCCAAACAAAUUCGGCGUACCAGUUCAUUGGCGAACUGCUGAUCCAUCCAGAUAAUGAUGCGAUUCUACAAGCGCGCAUAGGAAGGAACUUCGACGGUCUUGACCUCAACCUAUACCAGCGGUGUCUACUCAUCCGGCAGCAAUAUGAAGCCAAACUACUGAGUUCCAGGAGAGCGUGA